CAAAUAAUUGAAAUUUUAGCGGAAGUUUUACAAGAGUAAAAUAAAUUUGGCAUUUUUAAUUAUUUUUAUUGGUAUUUUACAAUAUGUUUAUCACAGAGCGAAAGGAGGGAGGAAGUCGUCACUUAAUCAGUUUCUUACAUUCACCAGUCGUAAAAGAAACUUCCACGCUGGGACCUGACGGAGAUAAUCCACUAUCAAAAACUUGUAAAAUAACGAAUGAUCAAUUUGAAAAAUCGAAAAAUGAAGUGAAUUAUAAAAUUACAUUCAAAACAUCUUCAUCGUUUACAAUUCCAGUGGUUGAUGAGGAUGUUCCGCCUGUUUCUAGCAAUGUUGAAACGCAUCGCAUUUCUGUCAACACCAAAAGUGAGCAAAACUCCGAAAUUGAGCUUGAAACUUUUACGUCUGAUUGCAAAAUAGAAGUCAAAUCUAGAGCAAACAGUUCAUAUACUUUAUUCGAAGAAAGUCACAAUUUAGAAACAUCAAACAGCAUUGAAAUUAAAGAAGAAAUUGGUGAAAAGUGUAUAAAACUUCAAGUGAAUUCAAAAUAUGAAUCAAAUACAAAUAAAAUUCCGAAUAAGAAUAUAUUAACACAAAUAUUAGAAGAAAGUGUUUCGGAGGUACCCUUCGAUUCAGAACAUUAUACUGCAACAGUAGGAUUAUUCAUGAAAGGAGCUCAAGAACCAUGGCCUAAAGAUGUUAAACUGUAUCAGCCAUUUGAAGUAGAACAAAUAUUACUUCCAGACAACGCAAACUGUCUUGCUGUUCAAGCGUUUUUGAAAAUGUGUAACCUUCACUAUGAAGUUGAACCAAGGGCUAAUGCAGAGUUUAUGUCCCCAUCAGGAAAAGUUCCAUUCAUUAAAUGCGGGGCCUUUGUCAUAUCUGAACUUGAAGGAAUUGUUCACUUUGUUUCUAAAAAGGAUAUAUCCCUAACAUCAAAAUUAGAUGAUAAUCAAAAAUCAGAAUUACGUGCAUAUACCUCUUUAGUACGAAAUGUACUAGAAAAUGCUGAGUUAUAUAUUUGCUGGUGUGAUUCAGAAACAUAUAAUGAAGUAACAAAGCCAAGGUAUGGUUGUGUUUAUCCAUGGCCUCUAAAUUUAAUUCAAACAUGGACAAAAAAAUAUCAAGUUGUUAAUCAUUUAAAAGUCAUGAAAUGGUAUGAAAAAUCCUUAGAAGAUGUUUAUGGUGAGGUGGAAAGAUGUUGUGAAUCUUUAAGCAUUAGAUUACAGAAGCAAGAAAGCCCAUAUUUUUUUGGAAAUCAACCGACAGAGUUGGACGCCCUAGUUUUUGGACAUCUAUUCGCGAUUAUCACCACUCCACUUCCAAACAGUCAUCUUGCAAAUAUAGUAAAAAAUUUCCCGUUAUUAAUAGACCUUGCAAAACGAAUUGAGACGGCUUAUUUUAAAAAGGAAAUCAAUGGUUCAUAGGGAAACGUUAUUACCAUUAUUGAUAGUUAUGAUUUGUAGAGUAGAAAUUACUAGAGAAAAAAGUGCUUGUUUCAUGCAACGCAUGGAUAUUACAUCUCAAUUUCACAUGAAUUAACAGUAUAUAUUUUUUAAUAAAGAUGGAAAGUAUGAUAUUUAUUUGAAUGUAUGAAGUGUGUUGUUCGCAUAAUUUUAUUUAAAACGAUUACGUAAUACCUAUGUAUUUUUUACCUUUGUAAUUAAAAUAAAAAAAGAAAUAAUGUAGAUAAAUAAAGUUCAGUCAAUUAUACAAAAUGUUUUAUUCGUUUUAUAAAUGUAAAACAAGUGUUAAAUAAAAAUUGUUAUAAGCA